AUUAACGUAUGCUGCUUGGAAUAUCGGUCUGCCUUUUGGGAUUAUUGAACCUGAACAACGAGACUUCUUGAAGAGGAAAAUAUUGCGUUAUGGUUCCUACCACUGUCUGAGGCAACUUCUCAUGCUCUCCAUUGGUAACAUAGUUCCUAUGCAUCCUUAUCCUGGCGUUGAAAUUACGAAAUUGAGAACUCAGUUGAUGUCUUCCUGAGUCGAUGAAAAAAGGUGGGCAUUUGAUGGGAAGGACACAUAGGCCUUAUUCACUAAUCAUCCUAACUGCAGUGCCAGUGCGUCAUCGAAGACACAUUUCUGGUGUUUAUGGCAGCGAGCACACGCAGGAAUUAAGUGUGAAAAAUAACAGUCCAGACGCAGGUAACUUCAAAUUGAUAUUUUGUAAAAACGUCUCUACAUCAUGGACGUCUUGAAAUGUGUCUGGGGCAUGUGUGCAUCGAGGUUUUAAUUACUUGGCAAAUGGAAAAGUUGGAUAGGCCUACAUUUCCAUAACGCACGAAGAAUUUCGCGUCCAAUUAUUUUCAAACGUUAACAGUAUACCUACAUGGGCUUAAUCCACAUGCUUUCGUUAGUCAACGAUUUAAAUAAACUUUUGAUUCACGCACAUUAAUAAUAUGUCUAGAGGCCUACACAUUCACAACAAUAAGGUACAGCGAAUCUAACCGAAUCUUCUGUUGAUGGUGUGAUUAAACAUCGGACAUUUUCUGAUACUUCAAGGGAGUCAUUCCUGUCGAAACGGGGCGUUCAUCCGUGGGAUGUUUGUCAGAGUCGACGUAUUCCGUUGUUUAAUCGCUCAAUAGAGCAUCAUGUUUCUCAUGCCACCACUUGGAGACUGAAGGGAGCCUACCAAAGAUGUGUAUUCACUGACUCUUUUGAAUGAAAAGUAAUCUAAGAAAAAGCUGUUCAGAUGAUUACAGGGCACUGGUAACUUUAGCGUUGUUUACCACAUUACGCACACGCGUCGCAAAACAACGUUUGAGACCAAGUCCACAUUUUUUUUACAACUAUUGUAUCCUCAUGUAGGCCUAAUGGUUUUUAGAUUGAAUUUAACGAAUUACAUGUAACCAUUUUCAGUGAACAUGCACGUAUCUGGAAUCUACAAGGAGAGGAACUAUUUUUCACAUGUAGAUCGGCCAAGAAAUGAGAAUGAAUAUGCUGCAAUAUCGUUAUGCUUCUAUCUAAUUGUUAAGUGCAUUUUCUGAUUCAAAGAUAAAAAGGCUAAAUCUACGUGUUGAGGGCGAAGAGGAAGGUGUUCUGUUAUGCAACAGGCAUUACUUUACAUCAGUCAGAGAUGAAGGAAAAGUCCAAGAAUGCAGCGAAGACGAGACGAGAAAAAGAAAAUGGAGAAUUUUAUGAACUGGCGAAAUUACUGCCUUUACCUUCGGCCAUCACAUCACAACUGGAUAAGGCUUCAAUCAUUCGGCUGACAACCAGUUACCUGAAGAUGAGAGCCGUGUUUCCAGAUGGCCUGGGGGAGGCCUGGGGCCAGCCGACCAGAAUCAGCCCUCUGGACAACAUGGCUAAGGAACUGGGCUCCCAUCUACUGCAGACUCUGGAUGGCUUUGUAUUCGUUGUCGCUUCGGAUGGCAAAAUCAUGUACAUCUCUGAGACAGCGUCAGUCCACCUUGGCCUAUCCCAGGUGGAGCUGACGGGGAACAGUAUUUUUGAGUAUAUCCACCCGUCAGAUCAUGAUGAGAUGACGGCUGUACUCAGCGCCCAUCAGCCCCUCCACCAUCACUUCCUGCAAGAGUACGAAAUGGAGCGCUCUUUUUUCCUGAGGAUGAAGUGUGUGUUGGCCAAGCGUAAUGCAGGACUGACCUGUGGAGGAUAUAAGGUGAUCCAUUGCAGUGGCUAUUUGAAGAUCCGUCAGUACGUGAUGGACAUGGCAUUGUAUGACACGUGUUAUCAGAUCGUGGGCCUGGUAGCGGUGGGCCACUCCCUGCCUCCUAGUGGUAUCACAGAGAUUAAGCUCCAUAGUAACAUGUUCAUGUUCAGGGCCAGCCUGGACCUCAAGCUCAUCUUCCUGGACUCCAGGGUGGCUGAGUUGACAGGAUACGAACCCCAGGACCUGAUUGAGAAGACGCUGUACCACCACGUGCACGGCUGUGACGUAUUCCAUCUACGCUUCGCUCACCACCUCUUGUUGGUGAAAGGGCAGGUCACCACUAAGUACUACCGUAUGUUGUCCAAGCACGGGGGCUGGGUGUGGGUGCAGAGCUACGCCACCAUCGUCCACAACAGCCGCUCAUCCAGACCCCACUGCAUCGUCAGCGUCAACUACGUUCUCACGGACGUAGAGUAUAAAGACAUGCAGCUGUCUCAGGAGCAGAGUCGAGCGGCCAAACCCAGCUUAGCCUUUAAGACUGGCCUGGCCUCCUCUCAGGACCUCUGCAAACAACUCAAAACCAAAGCAGUCAAGAUCAAGAGCAAACUCAAAACAGCCCCCUACCCUCAGCCCAACAGCACCUACCACCCAGACAAGCCAGACUGCUCCCCCCUGGGAGGAAGUUGGAAGGAGAGCACCCCCUACCCCCUGAACCCCUGUCACGGUCAGAUCUCAGGCCCCUCUGGAGGCCCAGAGGCUGGAGAGGUCCUGUGUAGUAGCAACGCCUCCUAUGGCCUCUCCUUCCCCUACCCCUAUGGACACCUACCCCACACGGACUCCCAGAGGAGGUUGCGACACACCCAGGGUUCUUCCUCCGCCUCACCCUCCCUGUCUUCCCCUGGCCUGGCAGCCCAGCAGCUGCUCAGCUCCCUGCAGGGUCGAGGGGGCGAUGGGCGGUGGAGCUGUGCCAACGCCAAAAUCCACCAUGGUACUAACCCUGCUCACAUCCUGAGACCAUUCGCUGCAUCGUGUUCCAUUACCACAGCCACCACAGCAGCAUAUUCAGGCCCCGCGGCGAGCAGGAGGUACCCCCCCUGCGAGCCCCUUCAUGAUGGCUUCUCCAGCUGCUCAACCCCGCGCCCUAACAGCAGGUUCAAGGAAGAGCCCUAUGAGCAUCACACGCUUGGCCAGAGCAAGACCACAGAGGACCGCCUGCACUCCCAGUCACAGGCUACUAAAGAGGACAGCAAGCUGCCGUUCAGUCGAGACUACCUCCACAAGGCCUCCGAGGGGAGUGGUUGUGUAGGAGGGGAGAAGCUGUUGUCCUGUCCCCUGCUGAGUAACUCUGUGCUGGGGAAGGUGAGCUGCGAGCAGUCCCGGUCCUUCCAUGGCCUGGGCCAACCCUUCCCCAUGCAGGUGGUCCUGGAGCAGCGCAGGAGGCUGUGUAUGAUGGAAUCCCCCUACAGCCACAGUGCCACCGGCCCCCUGGAGCACACGGACAGCAAUGGGGAGCGGGGGAGCCCCAAGAUGUUGGAUCCUGAGGCGGGGGAGGAGGAAAGGAGGAUGUGGAUGGGGGUUGGAGUUGGGAUGGGAGUCGGGGUAGGCCUUCCGACCCAGGCUCCGUACGUGUCUUUGAACCUCCACCACGUCUUGGCCAAACACAGCUCCUUCCAGGCCCCGCCCUAUGCUGCCCUCGGCCACUUGACAGACAGCUACGGUUACCGUGGCGACGAAAUGGGUUCUUACGACUACAAGAGCCAAAGCCCUGCCUCCAGCUCCUCCCCUGAGAUCCACAGGGAGAUUCCUCAUUACAUCGGCACGUCCGUCAUCAUCACCAACGAGAGGUGACACAGCUUGGGGGUCGAAGGACAAGGAGGGACAGACACCCUGAGACUUCAGCCUUUUUGGUCAGAAACACAGACAAUGAACAGAAGCUGUAUCAGUGACUAUGUAACCGUGUCAGCCAGAAGUCGAGUCACUUUCUGGGGACCCUGUCUGGUUAAGACCUCCACAUGGCUCUCCAUUUUUGUUUUUCAGAUGUUUUCUACGCAAAUAAGCCAACGUCAGACUCCUCUAAGGAGCCAGUAAUUUCAGGUUUCUUGAUUAUAUUAUAUUUUUGCAUACUGUUUAUCCAAUAGCAUAAAUGCAUUGUCACAUUCUAGUUCAAAGCCAUUUAUUUUGACAAAAUCUCAAGGACCUUUGAGCCAUGACACAGUACAUCAUUUGAGGUACAAAUUGCCUGUGAAGAAUACACCCCUCUAAUGUUGUAACUCAGAAGCACCAAUCAUAACUGACCUGAACAAGAAGAUACUAUCAAAUGGUCUAAAAAAGCAGCAUUUAGAUUGAAUGUAGCAUGAUUUCAACCCAAUUUGCAAGCUAGUUUAAGUGCAAACGGUUUCCAAUGCACUUCUUUUUUUGUGACAGCGACAUUAAAAAGGGCAUAAGAUAUGCCAGCACAAAAUAAUACAUGCUGUCACUCCCUACCUUGUAUAUUGAAUGGGGAAAUGACAGACGCAAAAGUAUUGAACGUGGACACUUUCUUGCAAACAUGAAUGAGGGUAAAUAUUGUUCACCCUCUUUUGAAGUUAACAUUAAAUAAUUUGGUCAAUUAUAUCAAUGGCAGAGAUCGGAAACACAAUGUGUAUAUUUAUUAUUGUGCAACACAUAGCAGCUUGCUUAUUUAUGAAGAAAACCAGGAUCUAACAUGUAUAAUGAGAAAAAUGUCAACUGCAUUGGGGAAAAUUAAAUGAAAUAAAACACGGUAGUUUGCUUUAAUUCUGAAUGAACAAUUCAAAUGAAAUGUCCUGCCAGACAGUCGUUGUCCAUGGCUAUUUUCAGCUCUUCUUUAUUCUUCAGAAUGCAUAGUGGAUAUCAUCUGGUUAUUGAAGAGGUUUGGACAUUGCUGUGAUAUCAAGCACAUGUAAAUGUCAGAAUUUACAAACACUUUUAUAUAAUAGGUACAUAUAACCUCACUUUCUUCUGUGAUGUAAUCUUGAAAUACACCUUUAUGUCCUCCUGCCUAUAUCCCAUCAACCUGGUCAAAUGGGCCCUCCAAAUGUCUGUGUAUGUGGGAGUGUGUUCUCCCAAUGACUACAAGAAACUGUCUAUCCACUGUGGUCUUCUGUAUCCAUACACCCCUCCA